AUGGCCAAAUCCCGAUCCUCAGGAAGGGAGGACAAACCCCUGGAGCAGAGCAUGGAACCGGACGCGCGCUGCGGGCCGGGCCCCGGGGGGCCGCCAGGGGGCGCGGUGGCCGCGGGCCGCGCCGGGCGCUCCAGUGGCGCAAUCGGUCAGCGCGCGGUACUUAUAGGGCGGUACGCGAGCGAUGCCGAGGUUGUGAGCCCGUGCAGCCCGGCCGCCCCCUGCGCCCAGGGGCACUUCUGCGACGAGCACUUCGGGCUGUGCCUGCCCGCCCGGCCCGCGGGGCACUACUGCCGCCACGACCCGCACUGCGCCCGCGGCCUCGUCUGCAUGUUCGGCAAGUGCCAGCAGCCCGCGCCCCCCGGGCAGGACGGAGCGCGGUGCCAGCGGGACGAGGAGUGCGGCGCCGGCGGCUGCUGCGCUCGGCAGCACGGAGAGCGCGUUUGCCAGCGGCGCCUGGCGCUGGCCCAGAGCUGCCACGUCCCGCCCGGGGGUCUCGCCUUCAGCAUCAACCAGGUGUGCCCCUGCCAGGCCGGGCUGGUCUGCCGGCCCUCGGUGCCCGCCAGAGAGAAAGCGUUCGAGUACCGACCGGAGAAGAGCGAGUGGAGGUGCCGGCAGCCCUGAGAAGCAGCGUUGUAUUUAUGAUGUAAAUAUCGCCUCCGGACCCGGCCCAGAGCCGAUAAACCCGGGCUCAGCGCCGCCGCCCGUGCCCGGGGGGGCUGGAGCAGCCCCCGAUGCUGGCCGGGGGUCUUUCCCCGGAGCCGGGCGGGUCCCGGCUCCAUCCUCCCCGGCCGAGCAGCGGGCGGUGCGGGGCUCACAGCGGAGCCGAGCCGUGCCCGCUCUCAGCCGCGGUGGUCGCAGAGCGCCCCCCCCGUGUCCCCCCUCCCCAACCCCAGCAGGCUGAGGCGCGGGGCAGG